GUAAAAUAACAAGUGGCAGCAGCAGUAAUAAUAGUAAUAAUAAUAAUAGUAAUAAUAAUAAUAACAGUAAUAUGGGCUUCUCACACACUCUGCUGGUUUACGUGCUGGUGUCCGUGCACCUCGGAGUUUAUUCCCAGCACUACCUUCGCCUCCGUCCAUCGCCCAGCGAGCACCUCCCCGUGCCGGACCUCAAGGAGGACCCCGACCCGGAGUACGACCCCCGGGAGCAGGACUUGGCCGAGAGGACUCUGCGGAAAAAGCUCGGCAGCAACUUCGACCCCAACUUCAUGUCCAUCAGCGCGCCGACGCCGCAGGUGAACCUGUCCGCGCAAGACGCGCACGUGAAGCUGCAGGGCCCCAUGCCCGGCGACAUCCGAAAGCUGGACCUGACCGAGACCCCGUACGGGAAGCGGGUCAAGGUGGGCAAGAAGGCCCGCAGGAAAUUCCUGCAGUGGCUGUGGACGUACACGCACUGCCCCGUGGUGUACACCUGGAAGGACCUGGGCGUCCGGUUCUGGCCCCGCUACAUCAAGGAGGGCAACUGCUUUAGCGAGCGCUCCUGCUCCUUCCCGGAGGGCAUGUUCUGCAAGCCGGUCAAAUCAAUCACUAAGACUUUCCUGCGCUGGUACUGCCAGGGCUUUCUAAGACAGAAGUACUGUACGUGGAUACCGGUGCAAUACCCAAUCAUCUCCGAGUGCAAGUGCUCGUGCUGA